AUGGUUGGCAGUUUGAAGUUGCCAAAUGUUCAACCUGGAGAAGAUCCGCUGGACAUGAGCUGCUGCAGAGCGGACAGAGGUGUCGAUAGCCCGGAUUCAGGUUUACCGCCCAGCCCCCUGCCCGGAGCUGCAGACAAGGAUGAGGGAAAAACCUCCCAGCCAACCCAGGCUUCCUUGCGUAUUCGCCCAUCACAUCUUCAGCCCUUAUCAUAUGGAGAAGGCAUAUCCCUCAAUCCAUUACCUGCAAAGGAGAUGAGAUACACCUCAUGUAUGAAUUAUGACUCUGACCGUCACUUCAUCCAGAGUGUGUCUCUGCGGCCGUGGGCUCAUGAGCUGGAGAACUGUCGACAGACCAUUGUGGCCAUUCCUCACACUACCUGGCGUCAUUACAAGACUCAGUUGGAGCUUGAACCACGCCACCGAUCUCACCAAUUCAGCACCACAGCAAUCGUCUAUCCCAAGAAAACCAGUGUGCAAUACACCACUGAGCUGAGCUACAACUGCCAGCGCCUGGCCAGGCAUUUCAUCAGUAGUGUGGAGCUGGAGGCGAAGGACGACACGCAGGCAGAUACAUUGAAGAGGUGA